GGCCAGUUGCCGUCCAGAGCUGCGGAGCUCGACUAUUCUCUCCGGGUCAGGCCCGAUCUCCCCGACAAACAAGCGCCAGGCCGGGCCAUGGAGCCGGCCCCCGACGCCGAGGAGGCGCGCACAGUGCGCGAGGCGCUGGGCCGCUACGAGGCGGCGCUGGAGGGCGCGGUGCGCGCGCUUCACGAGGACAUGCAGGGGUUGCAGCGCGGUGUGGAGCAGCGCGUGGCCGAGGCGCUGCGCCUGGCGGGGCCGCUGGCGCGCACCGUGGCCGAUUUGCAGCGCGACAACCAGCGGCUGCAGACGCAGCUCGAACGCUUGACGCGCCAGGUGGAGUCACUGGGCUUGACGACCGGGCUGGCGCCCGCUCCCGACACGCCCAGCCCUCCGCCCGCGCCCGGCGUCCCGAACCGCGCGCCGCGUCUGGGCACUGCGCGGUUCGCCAGCCACGCCACCUUCUCGCUGUCCGGCCGCAGCCAGAGCGUGGACCACCAUGACGAGGCCAGUGAGUUGGAGAUGAGAAGGACCUCAAACUCAUGCAUCAUUGAGAACGGGCACCAGCCCGGGGCAGGUCCAGGUGAUGGACCCCCCGAGACCACUCAAACCAUCCCAGGACCAGAGCCCCCCAAGCCUCGCCCUGUGAGCCUCUCUUUGCGGCUGCCUCACCAGCCAGUCACAGCCGUCACGCGAGUCUCCGAGAGAUUCUCUGGGGAGACCUCAGCCACAGCUCUGUCUCCCACAUCUGCCGCCAUCCUGGGGGGUCUCAGCUCGAGCCCCAGCGAGGCUACCACCCCCUGGACUCCCAGUCCCAGUGAGAAGAAUUCUUCCGCCCCACGGUCUCUGUCCAGCUCUGGCUUCGGGGCAAUGAUGGCCAGCAGGAGCAACGACAGCCCUCCGCUGGUGACGCCACCCCAGUCACCGCCAUCCCCGCACCCACCAGCCACGACUCAGGCCCAUCGGCCGGGGGAGCGUCGCCGGGAGUUGGUGAGGUCACAGACUCUGCCCCGCACCUCGGGAGCACAGGCCCGGAAGGCGUUGUUUGAGAAAUGGGAGCAGGAUACAGCCGGCAAGGGGAAGGGCGAGACCCGGGCGAAGCUGAAGCGCUCGCAGAGCUUCGGCGUGGCCAGCGCCAGCAGCAUCAAGCAGAUCCUGCUCGAGUGGUGCCGCAGCAAAACGCUCGGCUACCAGCACGUGGACCUGCAGAACUUCUCCUCCAGCUGGAGCGAUGGGAUGGCCUUCUGCGCCCUAGUGCACUCCUUCUUCCCUGACGCCUUUGACUACAACGCGCUGAGCCCCACACAGCGGCGGCAGAACUUCGAGCUGGCCUUCACCAUGGCCGAGAACCUGGCCAACUGUGAGCGCCUCAUUGAGGUGGAGGACAUGAUGGUGAUGGGCCGCAAGCCAGACCCCAUGUGCGUCUUCACCUACGUCCAGUCUCUGUACAACCACCUGCGUCGCUUUGAGUGAAGCCCCUUGGGGCUGGAAAGCCAGCCCCCAGAGAAGACGGUGAGGCCGCCAGUGUCCCCGAGUCAGGAGGCCCCCUUGAGCAGAGCUGCAUACUGGUGUGAGAGCGCUGUUUGUGCCAAGUGACCGUGCCCCCCACCUGCCCGGCUUCAUUACUGAUGGAAAGUACCACUGAACUGCGCUCCGACUCAUUACAGCCAAGGGCUCCGAGGAAAAGGAAAUAUUACUGGAGAGAGAGAGAGAAAUUGGUGCUAAGUAAUUCUCUUCCUUAAAAAAAAAAAAAAUGCUUGUCUGUAGAUUCCGGAAGCCUGAAUCACAGUGUUCCUUCUACUGAACUGGAUCCAUUGGCUUUACAACAUUGCCUUGAUUACAAAGUGUUGUUUGUUUGUUUUUUAUCAGAAUAGCCAGAGUUUUCUACUUCCCCCCACUAUUGUAGGUUCCUUUCCUCCCUUGCUCUGGGCCCCUGUCAGGAAACAGAGAGACGUAUAAUCAGCAGCUUGACAAGGAUGACUGAAGUCUUGGGAAGAAACGGUUAAUCACUCCGGGGUCCUGGGCAGCAGAUGACCUACACGUCACCUCAGCUCUCUGGGGAGAGGGGAAGGCUCUCGCCUGGUCCUGUCCUUCCCAGGAGGGCCCCACAAGUGUUUGGCUAAGAAUAGGCUCUUGGGAAGUUAACACUUUUAGGGAAGGACAGGCCCUUGGUGCUGUGAGGUGGUUUUUAUUCACAGCUUUUUUUUUUUUUUUAGGGGAUUUGCUGCAGAUAUUUAUAAAAAGUAACUCCAUCUGUACCAUUGACUGUUUGUACAUAAAAUGAUGUGUCUCACCUUG